AUGGAUAUCAAGCGUGACCUUUUAUACGACGGUGCCAAACGUGACUCUCUGCUCGCUUGCGGCGCUGCAUUUUCCGUAUUUCUAAUUGUUUUCCUAUAUUCAUUAAAUAUUUUCUAUUGCAUAAUGGUUGCUUUUGUGCUAUUUGCAUCUGUUCUAAGUGCUUUAGCAAUUUAUUCGCUAUUUACAGUGAAUUUUCCACUUCUAAAUUUAGUCAUAUUUGUGCUUUUAUUAGCAAUUGGAUCAGAUGAUGCAUUCAUUUUAUUAAAUUCAUUUCCAAUGGAUGUGACAUCACAAACCAUUCAUCAAUGUUUGUCACAUACAGCUAAUGCUAUGCUAUUAACUUCCUCAUCAACAGCUGUACCAUUUUUUACAAAUAUUCUUAGCAGUGUUGUUGUCUUUCGAUGUUUUGGUUUAUUUGCUGGUAUAACAUUAGUAUUCAACUAUUUGCUAGAAAUAUCACUUCUACCAGCAAUGCUUAUAUUCCAGGAACGUUACAUCCAACGUUGCUUCACGUGUCGUAUAUUUUCUAAGUUUAAUUACUUAAUGCGUGAUUUACUACCAUUUGUUAUCAUUUCGGGUCGUUAUAUUUGGAUCUCAUCUUUAGCUGCUAUUGUUAUCACAAUGACCUAUUUAACCUAUACUAAUCUUCAGUUUCCACCUUAUAAUCCAUUACAACUAUUUACUGAUUCAAAUAAACACGAAUGGUACGAUAAUAAUGCUGAAAAAAAUUUUGAAUUUAUUACUAAUAAACUUCAAAUUCCUAUUGCUAUUCGAUUAAUUUGGGGUUUAACACCACGUAUUUCACAAAAUAUUUUUCAACCUGAUAAAUUAACACCUGUACAGCAUGAUUAUAAAUUUUCAUUGCAAAAUACAACUGAUAUACAGGAAUUAGCAUUGAAAUUACGGAGCUAUAGAGAAUUAAACUUUAUCAAUCAUCAAAAUCAAUAUUGGCCAGAAAGAUAUUUAAUUUGGAGUCGUAAUUUCACUUGUGAACCAUCUCAAAUAUGUUGUAAUUUUGCUGAUUCAAAUUUUCACGAAAAUUUAACAGAUUAUUGCAUUAGAUUAUCAACAGCUUAUCUUUACACACAAUACAAUGAUACACCAAUAUAUGAUAAUAAUACUUUUAAUUUAAUUGGUUACACUGCAAUGCUACCAACUAAACUCAAAUAUUCUCAUCGAUUCAAGAAUUUGUCACAUACUUUUGACUUAUUAAAACAUUCAUUUAGUAAUAUGAGUUAUGGUGGUUGGUAUACCACAGAAUGGUCAUUAAUUUGCAUAUGGUUUGAUUUGCUAAAUUCAAUAAUUACGGAUUGUCGCCAAUCUUUAUUGUUGUCAUUUACGGUUGUCGCAAUUUUUGCAUUUUUACAUUUGCGACUUAAAUCGCUAAUUGCAUUAAUUACAAUUUGUUGUAUUGUCAUUGUAACGGUUGGUUGUGUGACAACAUUAGGUUGGGUAAUUGGUGUCCUCGAGGCAAUUAUUCUGGUACUUGUGGUUGGCUUAUCAUUUGAUUUCACCUUACAUUAUGGUGCUUCCGUACCGGAAACCGGUUGCGGUAAGCAUCGUAUUUGGUUUGCAGCUCGUAAAUCAGUAAUACCGGUCAGUUUAUCUGCUCUAUCAUCGUUUGCUGCUGGUAGCUCAAUGCUAAUCGCCGAAACACAUGCAUUUCAUCAAGUUGGUGUAUUUUUGAUAACUUUAGCUACUGUUAGUUGGCUUUUUGCUACAUUCUUCUUCCUUCCGCUUCUAUCCAUCACGUUGCAAUCAAACGUGAACUGUACGUUAUGUCAAGAAAAUUUGACGGCGCAAAAUAAUUUACCAAUGAAAGAAAAAUCAACUUUUAUGUAG